UUCAGCAGAGAGUGUUAGUCCAGCCUCCUUCUUUACAUACGCCAGCCAACAUUCACCUGUAGUCAUUGCAUGCCUCCCCUCUCUUGAAGCGCAUCUCCAUUGACGCACCGGAAUUCUGGACUAACUGACUUUUUGGAUACCAACGGAAUUAAACGUGACCAUGUUCUAUAAAAUUGAGUUGCUAUAUGGUAAAACUAAAACUUCUUCCAAUUAAUUUAUCCUAUGUGACUUUACAUCAUUUUGUGGUACGGAACUUCCAUGCCAUACAAAGGUCCGGAAUUGAACGGUGACAGGGCCACAUCUGAAGACGACUUAAAAGUUGAAAAAGUUUGUCAGACUCUCACACUAUGUCAAAGGCGACUGAUCAGUUUGAUGGUUCGGACUGUGUUUGCUCUUUCGGAAUGAAGUUGACAUGGGACAUCAACGACCCCAAGCUUCCCCAGGACACGAAGCAGUUUGACGCCUUUCAAGAAUGGACGGACGGGUAUGUUCGUUACAUCUACGGCUCCGAGGACAAGAACUCGCAACGCCACCUGAGCGGAUGGGCGAUGCGGAACACCAACAAUCACAACUGCCAGAUCCUAAAGAAAUCCUGUCUGGGCGUCGUGGUGUGCGCCAGGAACUGUACGCUAAGCGACGGAGGCAAACUUACGCUUAGGCCUGCAAUUUGCGACAAAGCACGACAAAAACAGCAAAGUAAGUAGGUCUGCUAUUUUUCAGUGUCAUUUCUAUCAGUAGGUCUAAGUAAGUCUGUAAUUUGGGAAUGUUGCGGACGCAUUCAAUGAGGAGUUUAAACAAUAGCAUAGCCUACUAU